UAGUGGUCUUAUAUCCAUUUAGAGAGAGUUUGCUGUUGUAAGUACGGCGCUCGCUAACCGCAGCUUACAGCGGCUCGUAUAAAAACUAGCUAUCGUCUUCAGCUCAGCUUGUUCAACAUUUUCCAUUUGUUUUAAAAUAUUUCACAGCACUGUAUAUUAACGUCUGAUUGUGACUAGAAGCAAAAUAUAAUAUUUUAGUGGUUUAUUAUAUAUUUAUUUGCAAUGAAAGAAAUUUUUCUUCUUCGACCACAACAAAUUUUCGGUUUAUAUACUUGAAUUUAAUCGUGAAGUUAUCAGUGCAUAUUGUGGAUUUGAGCGAAACUAUUGUAAUACAAGUUGUGCGGAAAAGAUUUUCUACAAUCACAAGGAAUUAUCCUAACUCUGUAGUUUUACCCAAAUUUAUUUCUUAUUUUGAGAUGCGUUUGGAAAAUUUUAUAACGCUGACGGCCAGCUUCGUUUUAUUCGGAAGUGUUUCGGGCGAUAUCGAGAAACUGCGGAAAAUUCGUACAAAUGAGAUCUUAAAUAGGUCGGAAGGCCAAAACGAUUAUAACAAAUAUGAGACAAAUGUUGAUGGAGAGUCUGUACAGGUAUGUGGACUGGGCUAUACGGCAAGAUUUUGCAACGAAACCGCGUUUGUUUGUGAACCCGUGUGCCCUGCAGGCUGCGAAAAUGGUACGUGCAUCGCGCCGGGUAUUUGCCGUUGUGCGGCAGGCUACGAGUUGCGCAGCAUUGCAGAAAAGACUGAAUGUGUACCGUUACAUCUAAACAACGAUGCGAGGAUAACAGAUGCCCAUGCAUUAACCAAGCGGAACGCUGAGGCUAGUGAUAAUUUGAUUACUUGUAAAACGAGUAAAUGUAAAUGUUGGAAAGCUGAUUCUACUGACAUGUGCAACUACCUUUGCGAGACAGAAACUUAUCAGUGUCUGGACCAGAAAUUCUCGGAUUGCAUUGAGUCGAAUAAAUCUAUGGUUUAUAAAAAGGACAGUGCGAAUUGGAAAGUCUACUCUUGUGUUGAUGAUGCAAAUGCCGCUUAUAUUAGAAGGGCGCGUUGGUUCAUUACUAUCGGCUGCAUUUUUAUUGGAAUCAUGUUGAUCCCCAUCGUUUAUCUGUGUGUGCGUAUAUAUCAAACUCGACAUGAGACAGGUGCACACGACAUUCCCAUAAGCUUACUUAUGAAGUUUUGAGAUGACUUUUUUGCGGCGCGACACGGCGUAUAUUAUUUAUAGCAUAAUGCGGUAUUUAACGAGUUUAAAAUAUAAAUAAAAAUCAAAUAAAACAGUUGUCCGAGCAAUCACUUGA